UGCGCCGACCCCUGCCUCUUUUGUUAUGCUGAUUAAGGCAACAGGCACAGUCUUUUGUUCAAGUCAGAGAACGCGAGAGAGAAAGAGAACAAGCAGGGAGGGAUGGUCACGCUCCCCGUGACCUAAAGCCCCCCAGUCUCCUCUUCUUUAACGUCACAAGGUGCGCGCAACAAAAACGAGCCACCAUCAGCUGAGUUCUUCACAUCGCGACGCGCACGAGCCACCAUCAGCUGAGAUUGUCACAACUCUUCCGUCCACAUACACACACAGAAAUACGCUGGCACUGGACUUUUCUCACUAACUGCCAGGAGUUUAAUGGAUAUUGUGAAUAGCGCAGAAAAGGAUUUAGGUCGCGAGCUCAGACUCUCAAAUUGAUUUGAAGGCGGGAAGCGCGAGCGCUGAGAGGAAUGAAGCACGAGAGGGGACGCCGAGCCAAUAAAUAGAAGCUGCCCGCUGUAACGGUCGCCGUAACGUCGUCAUGGAAGUGAUGGGGGAAACGUAAAAACGGACUCUCAAAAGAAGUUAAAACGUUUAAGAGAAACAGAAACAUUAAGAAAAGAAGCUGCAUUCCCUCAAACAAUCCGUUGGUUUCAGAACUUGGACAGCUCCCUCGUGCAGCCGCCUACACACCAACCGACCGUGUGAGGAUUCAUCGAAACUACAGCACAAAACCGACCCAGUUCUUCUUGGUAUUCACCCCCAGAACAUCGAGACGCCAUGUCCGGUGUACUUCAGGGAGAGAAGCAGCUUUUUGAGAAGUUCUGGAAGGGCACGUUCAAAGCCGUGGCAAUGCCGAGACCCGAGAGCAUCAUCGUCGCCAGCAUCACCGCACGGAGAGCCGUGACAAAAUUGGAAACAGCAGCUAGCCUUGCACCUAAAGAUGAAGAGGAGAAAGUGGAAACGAAAGACACUGUUGCAAAAAGGCAUGAGAAAAAUGGACACACAAAACGCAGAGGACGUAAACGCCACAGUCACCGCCGAGCUCGCAGUGUGUCUCUUGAUGCCGAUCUUUCCUCUCGGCCAGUGCCUAAAACAAAGAAAAAGAAGAAGAAGUCACAGAGGAAGAGGAGGAGACACAGAUCUCCCUCCUGCAGUCCAUCACCUGUGAGGAAGAAGAAAAAGAAGAGCUCAAAGAAAAGGAAGCGACAUAGGUCUGCCUCAAGGAAGGGAAGGCACAGUGGAUCGAGUCCCAGACGUAAAAGAAAGGAGGAGAAAAAACAUAAAAAGAGGUCAAGGAGCCACUCUCAUCGCAGACACCGGCGCCGGAAAGCUGAAAUUAGGAGUUCUUCCUGCAUGGAAAACAGAUAUGAAGAUUUAGAAAAAUCUGGUUUCCAAGGCGGUGGUCAUUCAUCAGCUGUCCAUGGAGGCGAUGCAUGCAGGUCGGCAAUCAAGCUGACCAAUAAAAUCUCCUCUAAGUGCUGCUGCCACUUUUCUGAAAGCACCGUCUCACCAUCACGUCCUGGGGUUGAGGGUUUAAACAAAAUGAUGAUCGUCCAGGACUCAAUAUCCAAUAAGGGCAAAGGUCAGGCAGAUUACGAUUCGGGAAAUGACACGUCCUCUCCACCGUCAAGUAAAACUGGCAUCACAAGGUCAAAAGUUACCAGAAAUGGAAGGUUCUCUUGUCAGGAUCUAACAUGUCCUGAGAAGCUUAGACUAGCCGAUGGGGACAAUGCCUCGGAUUCAGGCAACUCACUAACCAGCUAUGACUCUCUGGGUAAACCAGUACUCAGAGAAAAUACCCUACACAGCUCUGUCUUCAACAAGCUCAAAGGUGAAGAAACAGGCAGGUACGCUGAUUUGGAGAAGACACAGCCUCUGGGUCUCGUCACCGAUAGGAAUCCGUCUUAUAAUAGAUAUCAGGAUCGAACGAGGUCCCGCAGCAGAAGCAUAUCAUCCCAAAGCAGAUACUCAGGGCGCUAUUCCAGAAGCCGAUCCCUGUCCUCGGGGAGGAGAUCAUAUUCCCGUUCAUCCAGUUAUUCGCUGGAUUCUCGGAGAGACAGUUUGUCUAGUGUGAGCAGUUGCCGCAGUCUAAAUUACUCACGGUGCACAACAGACAGGUUUCGAGAGCGAAAAAGAGACUGCAGUUCCUGCAAGAGUAGAAAGCACAGCAGGAGAAGACCUUGUUCCCCAAUGAGGAAGAGAAGAAGAGAUUCCCCCAGUCACCUGGAAGCCCGUAGAAUUACAAGUGCCAGAAAGAGGCCCAUCCCUUACUACCGUCCCAGCCCCUCUGUCAGCAGCCGAUCCUCCAGCCUCCUGUCCUGGCGCCUGUUUUCUCUCGGUCGCAGUCGAACUCGCAGUUGUUCACGGAGUCGCAGCCGCAGUCGCAGUCACACGUAUUCUUCGUACAGGAGCUACAGUCGUAGCUCAUCGUGGAACUCUUUAUAUAGCAGACGCAGUCGCAGUCGGAGCAGAAGCUAUGACUCAAUAGUGAGCUACAGCAAAGCCCGACGCUAAUUUACGGAUGAACCAGAUGUGGGAAUGCUGAGCUACACACAAGCCCAGGACUGCAUCUUAUUGUAACUGGAAAUGAAAUGGUGCAGCACUGAGAACAUGCUGUGCUUGGAUGUGGAACACCAGGCAGUGACAGGAUCAUCUGUUCAGUGUCAGAUAAGACUGAAGCUUUCCAUAUUGUUGUGUACUAAACUGUGUGCUUUCAUCCAUCCCACUCAAAGGAAAAGAAAAACUUGUCUAUCAAUCACAAAGCCUGCUGUUGUAAGAAGGACCGGACUGGAAGUUUCACUAUGUGCACUGCAAUAUGUGAGUUUCUGCUAUACCUUGUUUUGCUCAUAGGUGUGAAUAUAUUGUUAUCAAAACAGCCGAAGUAGAUAAAAGGAAGUGUCUUCAUGUGCAGGGUCACUCACGAGACGCUCAUAACCUUGACUGUAAAAGCCGAUGUUUGAAUCUAUUGUAUUUUUGUAGUGUUUUCUUUUUUUAUAGGGGAUGUCAAAAGCGCUUGAGGUGAAAGAUUUAUUGCUUCCAUAACAGCUUUUACUGAGAGCAGCCGCUUCUGUGUUGCACACACCUUCACUUUGAAAAAUGUGCCAUCUGAAUUGGCCCCACCGGCAAACGCACCCCAUCAGCCCAAAUGCCAGCUUUAUUUAUCUUCUGUUGAACUGGAAAACAAUUCAAAUGUCAUUGGCUGUGAUGGAGAUGAUGAUGAUGAUGGUGGACAAUCAAAAUGCAGCAGUUAUGCUCCACUGGACCCGUUUUGCAGGGUCCAGCUGUCCGUUCUGUUACCAAAUUUGUUAAACUACACAAUUAAUCUUGCAAACCUCAAGAGACACAAUGAAGAUAUUUUUAUCCAUCAAAUUCAAGAAAAGGUACAUUUUUUUCUGCUCUACUGACUAAAAUGAAAGCACUGGUAUACAUAUUAUUAUUAGUAGUAUUAUGUAAUUUUUUUUUUUUUAACAUGAGUCAUGUUAAAUUGUAUAAUAUUUUAAAUUAUUUAUUCUUUUAAUGCCUAUUUUUAUGUGUGAUUUAUUUCUGUUAGGCAUGCAAAUAGUGCUGUACAAAUAUUUAUUACUCAGAUCACUUGAAUUAUUUAUAAGGUAAGAAAACUUUUUUGUUUAUAUCAUUCAUUUUUGACUGUUUUGAUAUUUUGUAUUUGUUUUCCACAAGACCCCCCAGUUUAAACAUUCAGUCCUGCACUGAUUAAAUCACACACUUUACAUACUGUAAAUGAUGAUGGUAUUUAUAAAUACAAAUGUUUAAUAAACCAUAUUUAUUGGUUGCACAUCAGUGCAACAACAGAGAAACCAUUACAGACCGGGUUAAAUGAAGACGGCUGUCAUAAGAAAUCCAUGUGGCUAGAUCAAGGAUUUUUUGAAAGGAUCAAAGAUAUAUAUUUGGUGUGUGAUACAGCUUGAUGAAACAGCGUAUAAAAAUCAUCACCUUCAUCACAACAGAUAAUGGCAGUUUCUUUGUUUCUGUGUCAUAAAGUCUAUUGGAGUGCUUGUUAAACGAAGGCAUGGUGAUCUCUAUGCACUGUACAUUAUUAGCUGUCUGACUGUUGUGAAUUCUGACACAUGUACAGAUAAUUAGUUGUAGAUGAAGGGGGGAAAACUUGAAGUGUAUCAAAUGUUUUAUCUUCUUGAAUUCAUCAUGUUCUCUCGUCUCAAACCGUAAAUGAGUUUAGUAAAUGAUUAUGUAAAUCUGUUGUGUAAAUAUGCAAACGUUUAGUGCGGCAAUAUUAGGCAUGGGCUUUAUUUAUUGAGAUGGAGUAGUGGUACUGACUGUUUACAAGGCUGGCUUUCAAAUUUACAUAAUUUGCAUUCCUUCUAAAAAAGAAACAUGCUGAAAUGUUGCCAUGAAUCCAACCCAUUUUACAAAAUCAAAGUCAAAACAUGCUAAAAAUGAUUGCAACAUCCUGUAAUACCAAUAAUUAAUUUAUUUUUGCACAGAAUGAGCAGUAAAGAUAUAAAGCAAGUGUGUAUUUGUUUUAACGCAAAGUAAAAAACCUCAGUGCAGGGUGUCAGGCUGAAGAUUAUGUUAUGAACAUUCCUUAUAUUACCCUCUUCUACAAUGUAUAUACAAUGUUGUCUAUGUGCACAAGAAUAUCAAUGUCUCCCUUGCUCUUCAAAUUAAUGACUAGUUCUCUGUGGUCUGAAUCUGUAAUGAUAUUCAAAGAGUUCUAAAUAAAUAAUUCAUCUAAUUCAA